AUGUCGGGCUGGGGCUGGUUCAUCCUCGUCCUCAUCCUCCUCAUCCCCAUCACCGCGCUCGGAUGGAUCGGAUAUUCACGCCUGAAGGCCCAGCGUGCGGGACGCGAUCCUCCUCCAUUGUCCUCGUACAUCCCUUGGAAGCGAAAUCGACAUGCGGAUGCCUAUCCUGCGCCAUCUGGCAUUGUUGCCUGGGUGAAGUCAAAGAUCCAAGGCUCAGGGUCAAGAAGCGGAGCAUAUGAACAGCCGCUUGGACCUGGCGCGAGGAGGGGACUGGAUCCAGAUGAGGCUUGGGAUGCCAGGGUAGGGGCUGAGGCGGAUGGGUAUGGGGCUGGUGGCUACUACGAAGAGCAGGAGCUGGGGUUGCGACCGCCGGCGAGUGGAGCGUAUGCUGGUGGAGGAUACGGAGGCGGGAGUCAGGCACUGCCAGAUUAUGGCGAAGAAAGAGGCCGCAGUAUCAGUCGCGCUGGAGUUCCACAUAUUGGGGGAGGUCAGAAGGGUCUGGAUGAGAGAUAUGAUGAGGAGAUGGGGCACGAGGAUCCAUUCGGAGAUGAGGCGGAGAGAAGCGAGCUGAGGGGUGUGAGCCCGAGACCACAUGAGGAGGGCAAAGGUCAUGCGAAACAGGGGAGUGGAGGCGGGCCACAGGACGACAGUCCGACGGAGAGGAGGAGUAUGUUCCAUGAGAACGUGUAG